AUGCCUGAAGGAAAGGGUUAUAACGUUACUAGCUCCGGCACUAACAGCCAGGGCAACCACUACUGCUCCCGCGACUACGGUUCCAGUGCCUCUAACUCGAACAGUUAUCACUACUCCAACACCAAUGGAUCAUACUACUACUCCAACCCCAACGGAAGCACCUACUACAACAGUGGAAAUGGCAGCUCCACUCAUACUCCUCCCUCAGGCUCUGGCUCUGGCAAGAAAUAA